GGCCGUCCGUGAGCCAGAAAACUGGAAUAUUCAUUCCUAAACUACUUGUUAAAGCAUCUUGACGCAUUUAAUAUUCGUCACACCGUUUCCAAAAUGACUAAUGAUAUAUCCAAAAAGAAGGGGAAGAGUUCGAGUGAGAAAAAGGCGAAAAGAAAAGCCAAACGAAGAGAGACUUACGCCAUGUACAUCUAUAAAGUUUUGAAACAGGUUCAUCCGGACACGGGGAUUUCUAGCAGAGCCAUGAGCAUCAUGAACUCCUUCGUAAAUGACCUGUUCGAGAGGAUUGCUACAGAGGCGUCAAGGCUGGCCCAGUACAAUAAACGCUCCACUAUCACCAGCAGAGAGGUGCAGACCGCGGUGAGGCUGCUGCUGCCCGGGGAGCUGGCUAAACACGCCGUGUCUGAAGGCACCAAGGCUGUUACCAAGUACACCAGCUCCAAGUGAAGACCUCCACAAGUCUUAAAACCUGGUUGAUUUCAAUAAACGCACAAAAUCAGA